GGAGGGAGGGGGCGUGACGUAGCCGUAGAGUCAGGCACGUGCCACAAACCACAACUCGGCGAUCAAUACAGCAGAGAGGACACGCUUCCCUCCACCUGCCUCACACCGCCGCCAAACACCUCACGAAUUGUAUCUUAUCCACACCCACAGCCAAGGUCUCGGCGGGAAAGUCCUGCGGCCACAAUGUGAGGUGGCAAAAGAGUGCGUGCAACCCCCGCGAAUAGGUGAAGAGGUGCGGGGAGAGUGCGGAGAGUGCCUGGGAGUGCGGGCUAUGAGGGCGUGAUGGUGCGGGAGGCGGCGACGAAGAUAGCGGCGAUGACAGAGCACUCAGGUUCCGAGGAGGGAGGAGCCAUCAGUGCGGCAGGGGAGGACGUCAUCAGGGGGUUACUGGCUACUCUGAGAGAGGACAUGAAAAAGGAUGACUGUGGCGGGGACGAGGUCCUCGCCCUCGACCCCCUCGUCAUGGAGUCUCAGCUCCUCUCCUAUCAACACUCUGCUGCCAACUUUGUGGUCAAGCUUCAAGACAUGGAGAUUAUUGGACUAUCAGAGUUUAUCAUUGAGGAUGUCCGUGUGAAUGUGCAGACACUGGCAGUCACCAUUAACCUGCGCUAUGAUUCCCUGCUGCUGGAUGGGGAAUAUGACCUCUCAGGCAAACUGGUCAAAGUUAUUCCUCUCUCUGCUCGGGGACCAUUUACAGUCACAGCCAGCAACUCCAAGGUGACCCUGUGGAUCAAGUUGAAGACAUGUCGCGGCCGCCUAGAGGUGGGACGGCUGAGCAGUGAGCUGGUUGUGGGCGACGUGCACCUCAACCUUUCCCACAUGCCUGGCGGGGCUCUCGUCAGUAAGUACAUAAACUCCCACUUGGCCAACCAGAUCAGGACACACUGGCAGCAACAUGAGCCUGAGCUGAGCCUGGUUUUGAAAAAACAUCUCAAUGAUGAACUCAAGAACUUCAAUUUGAUGUCCCUCCAGCUUUUACAAUCAACUGACAAGUACAUGAGGCGUGGGUCCCUCUACUAGAGGACCCAGCCUUCUCUACUUCCUCCACCCCCCCUGUGGCAACCAGUAGUGAGUGUAUGUAGUCAUGAUGACCCUUCAAUAAUUAUUGUGUUAAAGUUCCUCCAGUGUAUUAAUGUACAGUAUAGAUACAUAUGUUACACAUCCCCCUGACCUUCAAUGUACAAUUUUGUUAUUAAAAAGGUUACUGUAAGUGAUCAAAUACACUCUUACAUUGGAUGAGAAAUAAUGUAUAUGCCUUUAAAGAAUGGAGACAUUUUACUGUGGGUCAUCAACUAUAAUCGAGAAUGCUUGUUAACAGGGACCAUCAUGCAUUACCUAUCUUUUGCCUCUUGGUGCUGAUAUGUAAGUUAAGCUGUUUUCUAAAAAAGCAAUGUAAUAUAUAAAAAUUAAGACUUCAAUUUUAUGAUGCUGGCACAUUAUCCUGCAUCUGAAAGUUUUCAAUAAUUACAAAACUUCAUGACUUUGGUAGCUUGCGAGAUAAAAAUGUUUAGCAUGAUAAAUCACACAGUUUGUUGAUAUUUUUGUACUAAUAUGCUUAUAUAUUUACAUUAUCAUGUUACAGAAAGUUCAGAGUUUGAAUUUUGCUUGCUGUGAGUUAGGAGAUAAAACUCAUGUGCUAAGUAGUGUGCAAGUAAUAACCUGGAGGGUGCCCUGUUGAUGGGUUGGUGUUGUCAUCCAAAGGGCUGGCAGCUGAGCUGGUGUUCAGUGUUGUCAAGAUAAGUUCACUAACUUGACAUGAGUUUUUGAAAUUUUUAUAUAAAAGUUAUUUGUUAUAUAAUUUUAUAAUUACUAUAUUUAAAUAUUCUCUGGAUUGCCAGCUGUUAUUCAAUUUGGUUUUGGCUGUGCAGGAUAAGAAACUGUUAAGAUACAAGUGCAAACAGUAUUAUACAUCAGACAAAUGAAAAAUAUAUAAUACAUAUGAUAUUAUAUACACUGAUAAAACAUGCAAACAAAUACUGCCUUUAUAAAAAUGCAUUUUUUUGCAUUCACAUAAUUUUCACCUCAUAUUGCUCAAUGAUUUGCACAAACCGGUAACACAAAAAGUAUUUGCAUGUCUGUCAGUUGCAUGAUUAUGACAACAUUUAUCCCUCAUCUAUGUUUUUACUACACUGUCAACAAAAUAUAAUAUAUUGUAUUCAUCAGCUGAAAAUAUUUAAGUCACAGUUUAAAAUCAUCUUUAAGCAAGUUAACUGUCUAGUAACUAUGGCUCUUAGCUCCUUGAUAAGUAUAAUUCUAAUUUUUUUCAAACUUUUUCACUUGAAUACAAGGGCUUUAAGGGCAUUCUUGUUCAUUUUUUAAUCACUUGUGAGUUAUCACAAUUGUUUUGCUGAAAAUCACAACAUAUCACUUACUGUUUCACUUGCUUUUCAACACUAGGAAAGUAUUCACACAUAAUGAAAACUUUUGUAAUACAAGAGAACAGUAUUAUGCCAUUUACAUAUAUAUAUAUAUAUAUAUAUAUAUAUAUAUAUAUAUAUAUAUAUAUAUAUAUAUAUAUAUAUAUAUAUAUAUAUAUAUAUAUAUAUUCACUGCUGCAGUUAAAUACAUAUUUCAUGUAUUUAUUCAAGAUGAGAAGCUCUGAUAAGUUGGUGUUGCUCUGUGUGUGAUAAUAUUGAUAGCAUAUCUGAAUAGUAUGUACUAGUUAGGCACUUAAAGAGGUCAGAGCAUCUUUAAUGUCUGCUGCUACUGCCACCUAGACUGCUUUGAGGCCCCCAGACCAGUGCCAUCACGAACCAGUCCAUCAGUAGUGUCUAGGCCCAGCACUGGUGGGGGACCUUACUGUAGAGGGGCUAUAAAGAUUAGUGGUGUGUAAUGAUUGUUCCUCCAUUGGUGUGAACUGAGUAUACUUGUCUUUAGCAUUUGUAACAUUCAUAAUUCAGAGUUGCAAACUCUGCCAGGGUAUUAUAUAUUUUAAUUGGUUAUCAGGAUAAUGGUAUGUUAAUAAUGAACACAGUUCAUAUUAUGAUAGCUGAUAAUCUCUUUCUCUGCGAAAACUGCAGCAACUAACUCAUUGUUGCUGCACAACUAUGUGAUGACCACUCGCUCACAGCGUUCACUGAAAUGUAGGCCGUUGUACCAGAGGAUGGGUAACACUUCAUAUCAAGCCAAAACUUAAAUUGUCAACAAACUACAGUAUAUCCAUUUGUUACAGAGCUAUAUCAAACAUUCCAUCUUAUGCUUUUAAGAGUACAUGUAAAGGCUUGGAAAACAUUUGAUGGCUUGUGUUUGCAGGGAUGAGAGUUUGCAUCUCAGCCAUGACACUUUGGAGAAAUUAUUGCUAUUGUAACCCCAGCGAGUUUACAUAGCCUUAGUUGCUUUGCUCCAGGAUUCUUAGGUCCCUAUCAUGUGGAGCAGCUUAAGUGGGUAAAAUUUACCAAAUAAAUAUGUAUCAUUUGUUAUAGAGAUGUAAUUUAGACUAAUUUAGUUUAGAUUUUUUUUAUUUAAUAUAAAAUGAUUGAUUUUACUUUAAAUUCCUAUUUAUUGAUUGAUAUUUUUCACUAUUGUUUGGUGUCUUGGCCAAAAGAAUAUGUUGUACAGACUUGGUAGUGUUUGGUUGGGAUGACAAGGUUUCUGUCUAUGAUGAAAUUGGUCACUGUAAACUAGAUGCAUUUCAUAACAAAUAUUUUGCUGUUGAACAGAAAAAUCAAAAUCAAGAUGAUUUUCCUUUAAGAGUAAUGCCAGUAUUGCAAUUUUUACUCCACUCCCAGAUGCUGAAAUAUCAGGAUACUCCCGACCAAGGCCAGUUUGGUCUAACAUCAGGCUGAGGGGCACGCCUCGCCCCUCACAACACAGUGCCUUUGCCUGGGAGUGGCCACACAUGCCAGUCAUGUGUUCUCACUACCAAAUUUACUAACAUUGCCAGUAUUCAACUCAGUAAUAUCCUGUAUGUUUAUAUAAAAUUGUAUACUAUAUUUAGUCAAGUAUCGUUACAAAAGCAUGAUUUAAAAUAUUGAGAAGAAAUAAAACAAUGAUGUGGCUGCUGCUGAAGUGCAUAAGGCACUCCAGUGACUCUUUGAUGUGAAGGUAUUUAGAUAUAUAAUGAUAAAAAAUUGACCCUACUGUUGAUAUCACAGAAAACAUAACAGCUCUACUAGGAAUACAGAAUACAGUACCUUGAUUUUUCAUGUAGUUUCAUGCAUUCUUUGAUUAUGAUCUUGCUAAUUAUCUUGUGAAUCAGAUCACCAAUGUGUCCUAAAACUGCAUGCCUCCUAUUGGUAGAUGUAAUGAACAUGUCCAAUGUUUUAAGGCAUUUGUGGCUUGACUUAAUAUUGAUUGCACUCUUUUUUUCUGAUCACAUUCAUAUGAUACUAAAAGCUCCCCUACCACUUGAAUACUACAAAUCUCUACUGAAUAAUAACUUCUUUGUUAAAGAAACUGCAUAGGCAUUUGAUGUUCAAACCUGAAAUCCUUAUGUGUGUAUAUUAAAUAGUAAAUCCUAGAAAAUAUAUUCAUGAAAGUAUAUGACAAUCCUACAUCAAUAAUGUUUCAAGAUUUUCAACCACCAACCCCAUCUGGCAUCUUGUACUUAAGACAAACACUAUACACUAGUGAAGGAGGUUUACUGAGGCACUUUCCUAAUUUCCUAAUUUCACAAGCACAAAAAUGCCGCAAUACAGUCCCAGUCAUGUUUAACCUAUACCAAUAUAUGACUUUGUCAGUAAAAUUGCUGUAUUAUGUUAUCUAAAUCUUUAUUCUUAUAAAAAAAUAAAUAUAUUAGUAAUAAGAAAACAUAAAACACCACUCAUGUCAAAGACAUUACAAAGAGAAGGCACUUAUUAUCCCAUCCUUUUUUUUUUUUUUUUUUUUUUUUUUAAAUUGCAAGUAGCCAAAAAAGAAAAAAAAAUGCCCAGAACUUUUUAACUCCUCUCUCUAUGAAAGUCUGAAGGAUUUCUUUUCCUUCCUACCAGACUAGAGCACACCCACUAUGACUCAGGUUUCUUGCUCACUCCUCUCAUCCUCAAAAAUCUUCAGAGGAAAUAAAAGAAUAACAUUUGAGCUAUAUUGAACAGUGGCACUUUGUUCAUAACGAACCUAUACCACAUGUCCUGACCAAGAUUAUAGAGGAUGUAGUAGUGGUUUGCAGAAAAGUACCUCUCUUCACCCCUUCAUACUGUGUAUUCCAAAUUGUAUUUGGAUAUUUAUGUUCCUUGAAACCAAAAUAAGUAGGUGGUAUUUUUUUUCUUCUUAGUCACUCCACAAUGUGCUUACCCCCUGCAGGAGUCAAGUGAUACGUGUCUCUGACUGUGGUGUUUGCUGUUAUUGUCUUUCCCCAUGCCAAAUGAAUUUGUAUUACCUAAUGGAUUAAGCUAAUUAAGUUAUUUCUUGUUAAAGCCCUUUUGUUAAUGGCAACUCUUUAACAUCAGGUUCAUUUCCAGGCUUUGAAAAUGGUUUCACAGCUACAAUAAGGACUGUUACUUAGAGGACAGCCACCUUGAAAGGUGCAAAAUAUGUGUAUGUGUUGUGCUGUGUCCAACAGCUUGAUUCAUUUAAGAGGCAUAAAGCUGCCCACUUAUUAAUCAGUAUUACUCUAGAUGCCAAGAAUAAAAUCCAUGACCCACCUUCCCUUACAGCUAUCAAAAAUGUACAAGACUUUAUAUCUUUCAUGAAGAGUGAGGUAGCUGUGCUUCUCUGAACACAUAGUGCAGCAGUGCCAGGCACUCUUCAGAAGAUGGUCACUGCCCCUGAUAGCAAGAUGGUAGGGGAGCAUCAGCUGCCACUUUUCAACAUGUGAUAUAUGUACCCAGACCUUUUACAUUACUUUUCACUGUGAAUAAAACUUAAUUCUCAAA